UACCGGACUUGGUAGAUAGCUGGUCUCUAAAGAGUGAGUUUUUCUCCUUCUUGUAGGAUGGUCUCAUCGUAGAGAGAGAAGAGAAGAGAUGGCAGGGUUGAGAGCUGAGGUGUUCACGUAUGUGGCCCAUGCGCUUGCAGUGGCGGCAGCGGUGCUGGUGCUGGUGUGGUGCAUCCACUUCCGGGGUGGCCUUGCCUUCGAGUCCACCAACAAAUCUCUCAUCUUUAAUGUUCAUCCAGUUCUCAUGCUGAUUGGAUUCAUUAUCAUUGGAAGUGAAGCCAUAAUGAGCUAUAGAGCUCUUCCUUUGAGCAAAGAAGUAAAGAAACGGAUCCACUUGAUUCUUCAAGCGAUUGCUAUUGUGCUUGGUGCCGUAGGAAUCUAUGCUGCCUUCAAGUAUCACAAUGAAAGUGGAAUCGCCAAUCUCUACAGCUUGCAUUCAUGGAUUGGGCUUGGUACAAUAUGUCUUUAUGGCAUUCAGUGGAUUCUUGGCUUCAUCACCUUCUUCUAUCCGGGUGCUGCACUGGACUUCAAACAAGUUGCUCUUCCAUGGCAUGCGUUAUUCGGGCUCUUCGUCUAUGCACUGGCCGUAGGAGCUGCUGAGUUAGGCUUUCUAGAGAAGCUCACAUUCCUCGAGGAGUCGGAUGUCGCCAAGUUUGGUUCAGAAGCCUUCUUGGUCAAUUUCACUGCCCUCGUAGUAAUAUUUUUAGGAGCCUUUGUGGUGAUAUCCACCGUUUCUCCUAACCAUGAAGAAGACCCUCAUGAUUACACCACUGUAGCCGAUGAUUAGUAAUGAUCAUUCCCUCUAGCAUGACCUCUCUUUGGAUUUGCUUCUCUCCAUCGACAUGACACCACUGCUUUAAUGCUCUGUUUUUCUCAGAUUGAUUUCUUUUAUUAUUGGUAUGCUCAGUUCUGAGAAAAGCGAGGAGUAAUCAAGUUCCUCUACUUUGUAACAUAAUCCUCUCAAUGAACUUUUCUUUUUCUUUUUGUCAGUC